AAUUCACGAGACCGAACGACCAACUGUAGACAAAGAACCUUGUUUGAGACAGAAACUCAACCUGCUGAGUAAUAUUUUUGUGGAAUUUAUUUUAUUGGCAUCACCUUUGCUUUGACGGUAAAAUGCCAGGAAAGAAGAAGAAAAACACCUCUCGUCGUGGACAAAACGACAAAAGUUGCGCCUCUGACCAGGACAAAAGUAGCAAGCUGGAAGAUCUUCUGGAGAACCCAAUAGAAGAUUUGCUGGAGGCCAAUGAACAGCCCGACCAGCCGUUGGACGAGGCCCCAGAACCAGCAAACCAAAACACUCCCAAGAUGGGGGAAGUGAAAAAGCUACAUGAACUGGAGCAGAAGUGCAAAAACCUCCAGGCAGAGAAAGUCCUUCUGACAAAGGACAAGAAACAACUGCAGGAGAAAGUCAGAGAUCUCCAGCUUGAAAAUCAAGAGCUGGAGAUGAAAAAGGAAUUGGUUGAAGAGGAAUUUUUGGCUCUGCAGGACCAAGAAAGAACUCGCAAGGACGAGACGAAAGAGACACAGAAAAUGAUAAAGGAGCUGCAGGAAGCUAAAAAGACGCUCCAGGAGCAAAAUAAAAUGCUGGAAAAACAGCUGGAGGAAGUGUCGAGAAAGCCAGACAAAUCUGACAACAAUAGGUCUGGAAGGUUCGACAUGCAGGCCGAGAUAGUAACUCUGACCAGCGAAAAAAAGGAGCUCAAGGCCUCCAACAAAGCCCUUGAAAAGCACAACAAGGACCUGACCAAGCAAACAGAGAGGAUGGCCGAGGAGAUAAAGGUCCUUCAGGAGAAAAACAAGGAGAUAAAAACCAAGGCUAAAGAGACCUUAAUGAAACUGAAGGAUAAAUAUAAAGCUGAGAAAGAAGAGUUGGAGGUCAAAAGUAAAGACUUCCAAGAUCAAAAUCUACAGCUGGAAAGAGAAAACAAAGACCUCCACGAAAAAAAUCAGGAAUUUGAGGGAACCACCAAAACCCUCAGAGAUGAGAUCAACAACCUGGACAGAAAAAGUGAAACUCUCCAGAGAGAAAAACUGGAUCUGGAGAUUAAAAAUGAAAAUCUCCAGACAGAAAAACUGGAUCUGGAGAUUAAAAAUGAAAAUCUCCAGAAAGAAAGUAAAAAUGAAAAUCUCCAGACAGAAAAACUGGAUCUGGAGAUUAAAAAUGAAAAUCUCCAGAAAGAAAAACUGGAUCUGGAGAUUAAAAAUGAAAAUCUCCAGACAGAAAAACUGGAUCUGGAGAGUAAAAAUGAAAAUCUCCAGACAGAAAAACUGGAUCUGGAAGCUAAAAAUGAUGAUCUCCAGUUGGUAAACAAAGCUCUGGAGCAGGACAAGUCGUCAAUCCAGGAGGUAGUAAAAGUCCUGACAGAACAGAGCAAAAAAUUUGAAGAAGAAAACAAAACCCUGCAGAAAAACAAUGAAGAGCUGCAGGAGCGCCUCGCUAAGAAGCAGCAGAAGAAGAGAUUCUUCUGCUGCUUCAAGAGCGCAGAGCAGAGAGAGGAGGAGAAAAUGGUCAAAAAAGAAAAGAAAGAGAAGAGGAAGAAGUCGGGUUGCUGGAGCUGGAUGUUCUAAACUUCCUUUCUCCAACUUCCUACCAACUUCCUACCAUCUUUCUCCCAUUUUCCCCCUUUCUCACCCCUUUCUCACCCCUCUGUCCUCCCUCUAUCCUCCUUCUUUCCUCCCUCUGACCUCCCUCUAUCCUCCUUCUUUCCUCCCUCUGUCCUCCCUCUAUCCUAAGGGCAGCACAGUGGCUCAGCGUUCAGCGCUGCAGCCUCACAGAAACACUUCUUCAUGUUUCUGUGGGGAGUUGUGUGUUUUCUCCCCGUGCUUGCGUGGGUUUUCCCCGGGACGCUCCGGUUUCCUCCCACAACACAAAAAAACACAAAUUAGGCUAAUUGGAUUCUCUAAAUUGUCCUCUAAUUCCAAAAAAAAAAAAAAAAAAAAAAAAGGAGAGGACGACCAAAUUUAAAAGAUACAAAAUACAUCCAAAUUGAUCAAAUAAACUAAACUAAAAUAUAUAUUUCUGCAUGUGUCUGCCUCUAUGGUUAAAUAGAACCAUGUUGCUGUUGUACAAACCGGAGGUUCUGAAUCAAACAGGACUGAAAGUUUCA